CUUGAGACUAUGUAGAUUCGAAACUAUCAUGAGUGAAUGGGUGUGCGACACUCCAAGAAGCCAUGGUCGAGUACAUAUAAAUGAUGACGAAGAUGGAGGGUUUUCAUCGUCGUUUGUGCAACUCAGUAACAAAGAAGACAUCUAUUUAUUCACCAGCCGAUACUUGCUACGUAUAAUUUCUCAUCAAAAUGAAUCCAGACUUUGAGUUGACAUUCGACAUCGAUGAUGGUGAAGCCGAGUAUAACAGACUCAUAGUAGAAAUACGUGACCGUCUUUCUGAGGGUAGGCGGAGUGCCUGUCAAUCAGUCCGCUACCUCCGCCCGCAACAAGACCCUCCUGCUAAUUGGUUCGACGUCGUAUUGACCGCGGGUCAACAGACAAUAAGAGUGAGAUUCAGGAGUGACAACCUCUACUUGGAUGCUUACCAGCAGGGAAACACUCCCACCAGUCAGUGGUUCGAGUUCAGCGAUGCGCCACGGAUUACUCCUGGUGCUACUCGUUUGACCUAUCAAGGUGGCUACCCUCAACUUGAGCCUGUGGCCGAGACGGGUUCUUCUGGCAGAGCAACGAUGGCUCUUGGUCGCGCUCAGCUCGAAAAUGCUAUCCAAGUACUUGGAAGAGGGCCAGCACAAGAAUCGCAACGAGCACGACAACUCCUUGUUCUUAUACAAAUGAUAAGCGAAGCGGUUAGGUUUACAUGGAUUUCUGACGAGUUUGUCAACAAUUGGUGGGGUACAGUACAGCCUGAAGGUAGAAUGAUGGGACUUCAGAAUGCCUGGCGAAUACUCUCAGGUGGGGUAUUGCAUGCCAAUGAGGGUGAUGCUGAUACCCCCCUCCGGAUGCGGGAAAACGCUGACAACACUCUGAAUAUAAAUACACCUCGUGCAGCCGCUGCUGUCCUCGGCAUCAUGGUAUGCCGCGCUCUUCCGGGCCCUAACCGUCCUGGUCGCUCUACGAUGACCACAAUGGGACAAAACCCAUUCGACUAUCCCAAGGGCCGAGAACUAGUCGAGGUCUUCUGGCUUUGCAUUAAUGAUAUAGAUGGUGAAGAUGACGGCAGUCUUUACGGUACCGUCAUUGCAGUUGAUGCCUUAGGCAGCCAGUACGUCUAUAACCGCGACAGAAGCAAGCCUGAAUCCAUCGCUCCAGGCCAACACGCUUUACUCACGGGCCCACCCCAAAGCAUCGAAGCUGCGGAUAGCUUCGCCUUCGUCGUGGACCUAAUGGACUAUGACUACCUUUCACCAGACGAUAGCAUCGCCAAGGGAACAAUCAACUGGAACCCCUACAACAUUGCAAAUCAAUACGACAAGGCCCUAACGGAUAGUAUCAAGGGAGACAACGGCUUGGUAACGCUUCACUACGUCGUUCUGAGCAACGCAUCGCAGGCCCUCAUUGAAAUCAUUCUGAUCAACGGGGAUGGGGAGAGCACCGCUAGUGUCUACGGUACCAUCACAGCCUAUAACGAGCAUGGAGAUAGCCAACUUUUCCUGAAGCCAGAUAAUGACUCUUACGUUAACGUGAGUCCCAAUACGCCUAUUCCGCUGUUGAGAUCAGUCGUUGCUGUGCCCAUGACCGGUGCACUUACAAUCGAUGCCCUCCUGUACGAUUAUGACGAGUUUUCUCCCGAUGACGAGAUUGCGAAGGGGAAAGCUGUGUUCAGGCCAGAUAUUGGGAAGUCUGAAGCUCAGUCGAUCAAAGGAGCAUAUGGAGAGAUCAGUGUGAGGGUCACAUGGAGUUAAAUAGCCAUGGUGGCAACCUACCAGAGAAUUUCGUUAUUGACUAUUUCCUAUAUUGUCUACCAACCUUAAGGCCUGGUUAUUCUUUCCGCUUAUUUACCUUACCUCGUCGCCGUUUAAUAAGUAAUUUCAAUCUCUGAUUUCUAAACAUUUGAUAAUGUCCAAGCGAAGCAACCUUGGCAUGCAAUACGCUUAAAAAACAUCUAGAAUGCCUGUACUCUCUGGAAUGAGAAAUGGUAACAAACAGUGAAAUCAAGCCUGACAAGGAGUCAACUAGCCAUGUGUUACACGUGUAACCUCUGUGCCGGCUGAAAUAUGCAGUUCGCCUUGCACUUCGGUCGUACGAAGGACCAUUGCAGGCUGUUCAUGAUCUCUCAAGGCAUGCA